GAAAGUGUGGCAUUCACGACCCAGCGCUCAUGCAGUACAGACCGUCCACAGCCUGCUUGCCAGCCUCUGCUGCUCUGGCCAGAUCCCAAACACACUCAGAGAGAGAGAGAGAGAGAGAGAGAGAGAGAGAGAGAGAGAGGAGAGAGCAGAUGUGGUUAGUGUGACAGAGGAGGGAACAGUUAGGUGAACUCUAGAGGGGAAUCCUGAGAGCAGAAAGAAAGGCGAGUAAGGACACAGAACGAACUUUCCACUCCUUUUAUCCUUUAACAUUCCUUUUAUUUUACUACAUACUUAAGCUUUUAAACAUGGAAGUGAUUGAAGACAGCCAUCUGCACCUGGAGGUGCCUGAUCCACACAAAUCCCUUACUGAGAUCUCAGAAGAUGAAAUCAACCUCCCAGCCUCUGAUGAUGAAGAUGAAGCCAUCACUGAGAACAAAUCAAAAGAUGCUGCUGAGAAAGAAGAGGCAGGUGAGGGAGACAAAGGUGAGAUGAAUGGAGUCAUGGUCCUGGCGCUGCUGGACAAAAUCAUCGGAGCCGUGGACCAGAUCCAGCAGACGCAGGCCGGGCUGGAAGCCCGUCAACGGGAGAUGGAGAGAGCAGUGACGGGCAUCCAGGGGGAACUCACCAAACUGUCCAAGAGCCACACCACCACGGCAAACACUGUCAAUAAGAUGCUGGAGAAGGUGCGUAAGGUGAGCGUGAACGUGAAGUCGGUGCGGGGGAACAUGGAGAAACAGGCCGGGCAGAUCAAACGCCUGGAGAGCAACGAGAACGAACUUCUGAAGAGAAGAAACUUCAAAGUCAUGAUCUACCAGGACGAGGUGAAAAUACCUUCAAAAGUCAAUGUGGCCAAGUCUAUGAAGUUUCCAGAGCCUGUUGAAGGAGAAGCUGAAGGUGAACUCAAAGCAGCCGCAGAGGAAGGAGGAGAGGACAAAGAGAAAGUCCAUCUGGACCUGUCCUCUGAUGAAGAGGAGGUGGAGAUCGAGGAGACCAUUGAGGAGUCUCGAGCAGAGCGCAUCAAACGGAGCAGCCUGCAACGCGUCCAGAACAUCAAAACCGCUUUCUCCAAAGGAAGUAUGGAGAAAACCAAGCAAAAGACCAAGGAGAACUUGGAGAAGACCAAACAGAAGACCAAAGAUAACUUGGAGAAAACUCGCAUAAAGACCAAAGAGAACUUAGAAAAAACCAGGCAGAAGACCAAGGAGAACCUUGAGAAGACCAAACAGAAGACCAAGGAGAACCUGGAGAAAACACGUCACAACAUAGAGAAAAAGAUGGGCAAACUCAGCAAUCGCAUGUCUGUGAACCCCGAGCGCAAGGAGAAGCUCAAGUCCUCGCAGAAGAAGGUGUUGAAGUCUUUCACUCCUGACCACACCAUCUAUGCCCGCUCCAAAACGGCCGUCUACAAGGUUCCACCGUUCACCUUCCACGUGAAGAAGAUCCGUGAGGGAGAAGUGGAGAUCCAGGGAACCGAGAUGGUGGAAGUCGUCGGGGACACAGAGGAGGUGGAGAACGCAGUGAUGGAGGGAGGAGAAGAUAUGGAGAUGGAGAUGGAGAUGGAAGGUGGAGAGAUGGUGGACGAAGAUGACGAGACAGAAGACAGCCCUGAGAUGAGGGCGCUACUGGAGAGGGGAGACGAGCUGGUGUUGGUGGAGGACCAUGACAGAGACAGCGAUUAGUGUGUGUGUAUGCAUGUGUAUGUGUGUGUUCGGCGCUUACACAUUAGAGAAGCUCUAACAGAACAUUUGAUCUGUGGGAAUGCAUCAAAUAUGUUGAUGAGCCGGCUCAGUUUGAUAUCAAGUGUCAAUGCAGCAAAUAUGAUUUUUUGAAAGCACAACUCUUUUUUUGUUACCAAAAACUAAAUAAAUAAAUAAAUAAAGCUUUUGGUUGCUAGAGCUUCUGAUUCACCAAACCCUGAUUUUUGUCCGCCCAGCCUUUGCGGCCAUUAAAGUGUUGCAGCAUUCUCUGACAUAGCAUAACCUCUAGUGUGUAGGCGCCCUGAACAUCAUGUGUGCUGUACUGCUGAUCCAGAUGUUGGAUGUUGCAGGAGAAUGUGAAUGUGUCCGUUUGCAUGUCUGUAUUUACGUCUUUUCUAGCAGCAAAAUGUUUCAAAUUUAUGGUGACUCCAUUCACCUAAUGUAUGUGUGACUGGGAGAUUUACUGUACUAGUCCGAGUUUCUUGAGUUCACCUUGUUUGGUAAGGGGCAGGGACUAGGAGUAUUGACUAAUAACAUGAAAUAUGGUGUCUGGGAACAUUUUUAUGCUAGUUGGACAAAAUGAACUGAAAAUUUUUGAUUAUAUGAAAUAGGUAACAGACAGAUGGCUUGAUCAAAUGAACAACAGACUUCUUGGACAGGUAGUUCUGUUGUACUAAGAUUGUUUGGUCACACUUUAUAUUAGGUGGCCUUAACUACUACAUACUAACAUUAAAUACCAAAAAAGACUAUGGAUUUGCUGUAUAGCCACAUGUUGUUUUGGAAAAUUCACACAUUUUGAGGUAUGGCUACGUUUAGGAGUUAAGGCCAUCUAAUAUAAAGUGUGACUGAUUAUUUUUUUUCUUGUUCUAGUCUUAUAUGUAGAGCUACAGACAGUUCUUCACUUUUAAUAUAAGGUGGAAAAACAAACCAAGAUAAGAAAACCUGAAGUAUUGCUUCUAAGUGCUCAUUUUUACAUAUCUUUUAUAUCUUAGAGUUUAAUGAAUAAUUUUACAUUUCCUUAAAACAGGCUGUCAUAGUCAAACUGUUACAUUGAUUUUUUUCUGUCCCAUUGUGAGAAAUUACACAUAUUAUAAUAGUUAAAAAAAAGAUGAAACCACAUUGAAAACCAAAAUAGAAGUAUAAAGAUCUAUAAAAUGAUCUUGGUUUCAGAAUGGCACUGCAGGCGUGCUCUAUACCCAUUUAAAAAUAUUGUUUGUGUAACAUUUGCACGUCCCCUGGUGGACAUGUGUGGUAAUGUUAUAAUGGGUCAAUGAGCAGUGAACACUUCCUCAUUUGUAGACCUAAGAUCACAAACAUUAUAAAAAGCAAAGUAGGUAUGAACUGCAAAAAGCUACAGCUAAUGUCAUCAGCACCUUCUGAUCUUGAAUCAAAUGCAUAUGAUUAUGAAUCACUGCUAUUACUUAGAGCACAAUAAUUUCUCAGAGGUUCAUUCUCCUCUUUGCUCAGAUUGUAUCAUUUCAGUAAUCGCAUAAUUCUACAAAACUUCUACUUUAAGCAUCUUAGCUUUUUUGUUUUAUUUUUGCUUGUGUAGUUCCUGAUGCAUAUGAAUACUCUCUUGUAAUGUCACACGUCUUAACCACUAAUGUGUUAAUAAAGCAUUCAUGCUUCACA